AUGGCAAAUGCCCCACGCAUGCGUCGCGUACGGGCUACCGACCAAGGACCUCUGGACUGGCUGGUUCCCUUUAUCCCUCCUGUACUGCGAGUAAACCGCGAGACACGUGCCGAGAUUUGUCGCAAGGUUGCAAAUUUGUUGUCGAAAGAGACGAUGGAGAGUAUCGUGCUUGCUUUGAGACCUCAUUGGCGCUCGCUUGCCGUUUUCUUGUUGGGGACGGCCAUUUGGAUGAAGGGACUUGUCUACAUUCAUUAUAACGAGACCGAGUUUGCGGUGGCGUACGUUAUUCUUUCGGGCUUUGUUGUAUUAGGAUAUCACCUGCUGGUCGGAGGAGAAGGAUAUACGGGUGACAUGAGCGCGUACUCCGUCUUUAAUCGUGGCGCCCAGAGGAUGCUUGGAUCGCUGUCAGCAGAACAGUUUGAGAAUGAAAUUCGUCAUCGACAAGUAGAGCACGAAGAUAUUCCACGACCAGAAGCGUUGCUGGCAGCUCACGAUCUUGGAGUUCAUGAUGAAGUUGAAAAUGAAGAUGACCCUGACUUGAUAAUGGCACUGGAACUUUCACUGCAAGAAAUGAAGCGCGAAGAUCGCCAAAAUCGCCGCACAACCCGUAGGAAGUGA